AUGUCUGCGCCGUGGACUGAAAAGCACCGACCGCUGUUGCUUGACCGCAUAAUGCACCAAGAUCACGCAGUCCGUGCAGCCAAGAGGUGUAUUGAGUCGGGAAACAUGCCUCAUAUGCUACUGUAUGGACCCGCUGGGACGGGAAAGACGACGCUUAUCCACGCGAUGAUGCAUGAAUUCUUUGGCCCGCGUUUCUGGCGAGCACGGGUCAGUGAGUUUAACGCUAGUACCGACAGAGGCAUUAAGAUCGUGCGAGAGAGAAUCAAGAGCAUCGCACGAACCGUGAUUGCUGUAGCGCCGGAUGACGUAAAGGCCGUUUACCCCUGUCCUGAUUUCCAGGUAAUUAUCCUUGACGAAGCAGACGCCCUUACACGAGAGUCCCAGGCGGCGUUGAGGCGCAUCAUAGAAGACUUCUCGGAAACCACGAGAUUCUGUAUCAUCUGCAACUAUCCUAGUCAGAUUAUAGCCCCUAUUGUUUCACGCUGUGCACGCUUUGCAUUCUCCUCGCUGCCCCGACCUUUAAUUAUCGAUAGGCUUGAAUCUAUCUGCUAUGCUGAGAUGCACCAACUUAGAAAUGCAAACGAAAAGCUGUCCUCAUCUGCUUCCGAGGCUCUUGGAGAAGUGGCCACCCUUUCCCAAGGCGAUAUGCGCGCUGCCAUAACCUUGCUGCAGGCAACAGUUCAGUUUUGUCAGAAUAUGGAGGAAGAGCUUUCUCCAAAGCAUGUUCACCUUUUGGCUGGGAAGAUCCCGGAUGAGCUUAUUGCCUCGCUCAUUGAGAAGAUGACGGAUGUGUCUUUACCUGUCGAAUCUCUAAUAGAGUAUUUACACAAAUCUGUUGUUCGCAUCGGUUAUCCUGCCUUGGAUGUUAUUCGUGAACUUUGGAGAAGCCUUUGCUUUGAAGCACAGGUGCCCGAAUCUCUCCGCCAUGCUGUUGGAGAUGCUUACCAACGAGCAGGACUGUAUGUAGCACGGAGAGUGUCGGAUUCUAGUAUCCUCGAGCGGUUUGUGCUUGCUAUUUACAACAGCUACUGUCGUCUCAACCAGAAGUUGGCAUGA